UUCACUCUGGAUUUUCCAAGAAAGUGAGGUUAGGGCUCAUAAGUCGUUUUCUCGUGCCAGACGCUGGAGGUGCUCCGUGAUUUUUAGCAAGAAAACCCAGUGAAAAGUCUCGUGAAUUCCUGAAAAACUGUAAAAAUGGAGCAAUUAGUGCUAAAUCUUCUUAGUGGAGACAAUGAUGUCAUGAAAAAGGCAACUCAUGAUCUUCAGGAAGCUUUUAAGCGUCCGGAAACUGUUCCAGCGUUCUGUGAUCUUAUUGUGUCAUCGGCCAAUCCCCAGGUUCGUCAGUAUUCAGCUGUAUUGCUGAGGAAACGCCUGGCAAAGCUGAGAAAUUGGCAGGUGUUGCCUCAGGAAACGAGAGAGAUGAUCAAAAAGGGCAUCCUAGGGCGCGUUGUCAUGGAACCUGAACGUGCCGUGAGGAAUUCCAUUGUGCAGUUUAUCGGGGUGAUUGUUCGCCAUGAGUUCGCCAAGCAGGAUCCAUGGAUGAAUGAUGUCCUGAAGUUUAUCUAUGACAAUUGCUCAGCCAAUGAUGCGAAUCUCAGUGAAAUCGGUGCCAAUACACUGAAUGUAUUGACGGACGUGGCUCCAGAUCAAUUUGUACCUCAUCUUGAAGCCAUCAGUGGCAUGUUUUCAGCCGCUUUGGCUGCAAAUGAGAGUUCUGGCACGCUGGCAAGUCCCGUUAUCUUCAAUAUCCUCGUGGCUCUGGGGAAUCUUGUGUCGUGCUCCCUUGAGAAUGGUCAAUCGAAAAAUGUCUACCAGAAUCUUGUGCCCAAUAUCACAAAAGCUCUUCAUGCUUUCCAGUCGGAUCCGGAUCAGUUUGUCAGAGCUUUUGAGAUUCUUGAGAAUAUUGCUGAGUCUAUGCCCAGUGUUUUGAGUGCCCACUUAAAACUGCUGCUGGACUACUCUCUGAUGGUGGCCAGCAGUCAGCCAUUGGAUGAGAGUGUCCGUGUGCAGGGUAUAACAUUCCUGGGUAUGAUUGUGAGGCUGAAGAAGAAGGCAGUGAUUAAGAUGAAGAUGAUUGAGCCCAUCAUUCAGGUUCUAUUCCAUUUGAUGGCUUCUACGCCAGCUGGUGAAGAUGAUGAAGAGGAGUAUUUUGUGGGAUCAACAGAAUUAUCUAGUCCCAUGACAUGUGCUACACAAACAAUGGAUAUAUUAGCAUUGAAUGUGCCAGCAGAGAAAUUGAUUCCUCCUCUGUUGGCUCUCCUUGAGCCAGCUUUGGCUGGAAGUGAACCAUUGCCCAAGAAGGCAGCUUAUCUCUGUAUUGCAGUGAUUGCUGAGGGAUGUGCAGAGACAAUUUGUAACAAAUACUUGCCACCCCUUUUAGGCUGUGUCAAGCAGGGUAUCACAGAUGGGAAUCCAUUGGUGAGGAAUGCAGCUCUAUUUGCUCUUGGGCAAUUUGCUGAGCAUCUUCAGCCGGAAAUUAGCAAGUACGGCGAUGAGAUUUUGCCCAUUCUGUUUGAAUUUCUGCAUCAACUCUGUGCACAGUUGAGAGUUGAGGGGAAGGAACCUCAACACAUUGAUAGAAUGUUUUAUGCCCUUGAGACAUUCUGUGAGAAUCUCGAGGAUGCCAUUGUGCCACAUCUUCCAUUGCUCAUGGAGCGUCUGUUUGAAUCCCUCAAUCCUAGCUAUUCGGUUCAUCUCAGGGAACUUUCUCUGAGUGCCAUUUCUGCAGCUGCAACAGCUGCUAAAUCCGAAAUGUUGCCGUAUUUCCAGCAAAUCAUUCAGAUUCUCAAGCCCUAUUUGGUCAAAACAGACGAUGAAGAUAUAAAGGCUCUUAGACCUCAAGCCAUUGAUACAUUGGCUGCACUUGCACGCACAAUUGGCAAGGAAAAUUUCUUGCCACUGUCGUCAGAUGCCAUGAACUUUGGUCUGGCUCUGCUUGAAGAUUGCAAAGAGCCAGAUCUCAAGAGGGCUUGCUACAAUUUAUUUGCUUCCCUGGCUGAAGUUCUGAAUCAGGAUGUGGCUCAGGCUCUUCCACAAAUUAUCACAGCUAUGAUUGAGAGUGUCAAGAGUACAGAGGGAUUAGUGCCAGAUUUUGAUGAUGAUGACGAAGAAAAUGGAGAUAUUUACAAUGUUGAGAAUGAGAUUGAGGAGAAGGAUGAUGAUAUCGAUAUUGAGACGUCAGAUAAUGAGGAGGAUGAUGAUGAUGUAGCCAUUGCAGUUGAAAAUGCAUUCAUGGAUGAGAAGGAGGAGGCAAUUAUAGCUCUAAGAGAGCUCGCUCUUCACUCUGGAGCGGCCUUUGGUCCUUACCUCCAAGCAGCUUUUGAAGAGGUGUAUAAGCUCAUCAACUACCCUCAAGAUGAUAUUCGUCGUGUCUCCGUUGAAGCUCUCACUCAGUUUACAGUGAGUUUCUAUCAGAUGAAAAAUGCUGAUGCUGUGAGGACUUCUGUAACGAUUCUCAUUCCCAAAUUGAGCGAGAUCAUUCGUACGGAUGAGGAAAGGAAUGUCGUUAUGGCAGCUCUAGAGGCUUUCAAUGAGUUGCUGGACAAACUGAAGGGUGAUACAUUCAGCCUGGAUGAUCAGAAGGAUGCCAUCUUUGAGUGUGUGAUGGAUGUGAUGCUGGGCAAGGUGGCUUGUCAGUUUGAUGAGGUGUCAAAUGAUGAUGAAGAGGGUGACAGUGAAUUCGAUGAGGCCAUCAUUGAGACGGCUGGAGAAAUUGUUCCGCGCUUCGGCAAAGCCCUGCGUCCGGAAGAAUUUGCUCCAUAUUUCGGAAGGGCAUACACUCAUUUGCUGGAGAAGCUGGAGAAGGCCAAACGGAAGGAGGAGGCUGAUCUGGAGAGGGCAUAUGUCAUUGGUGUUUUGGCAGAAUGUUUUGAGGGUCUGCAGAAGCAUACAAACACCUGGAUGGCUUCCUUGAUGCCACUCCUGAUGUCUGGGGCUCAGGAGAGAAAUGAUCAGAUCCGAAAUAAUUCUGUCUUUGGUCUUGGGGAGCUCGUUUUGGCCGCUGGAGAAUUUGCCUAUGAUUUCUAUCCGCAAAUUCUGCAACUUUUGUCAGCAGCUGUGGCCAAGGAACAAGAUUCCAACACUCUGGACAAUAUCUGUGGAGCCUUGGCGCGUCUGAUUAUUGCCAAUAGCUCAUUGGUGCCCCUUAAGGAUGUCCUACCAGUUUUUGUGCAGUAUCUGCCACUGAGGACGGACUUUGAUGAGAACCUGGCUGUCUUCAAGUGCCUUAAUGUGGCCUAUCAUCAGGGUCAGCAGGUUCUUGUGGAUCUUAUGGAACAUAUUGCCUUCGUGGCCCUCCAAGUGCUUCAGAAGAAGGAAUACAGCAGUGAUGAAACCCGCGAUUACAUCUUCAAUUUUGUUCAGCAAAUCCGACGGGAUUUUCCGGAACAAUAUGGCAAGGUGGUGACGAAUAAUCCCGAAAUAGCAGCCUUUGCGGCAACGUUUUAGUUAAGGUACCAGUUUAAUUAUUCUCAAUUGUAUUUAAUAGAUUUAAAAAGAAUGAAAAAAAGUGAAUAAGUUGAUGAGACGGAGAUUUAUAUUAUACUAUUAAAAAAAGAACACCAAGAAUAUUAUUUUCAAAUGAUGAUUUUUCUUUUUCACAAUUUAUAGAUAAAAUAUACUUUUGCGAAUGAGA